AUGAGCGCCAAAUAUGGCAGCCAAGCUGUAUGCUCCCCAGGGAGGGCGACCACCAAAACCUACAACGUCCUUGUCGUUGGCUAUAAGGGGCAAGGGAAAUCUGCAACUGUAAUGAAACUGUCUGGGGACUUGACAUAUGAAGGAAAAAAUGACAAAAAUGCACACAAGUCUUUCAUACUCAAGGAACCGAGCUCGUGCACUGUCCAAGUUGUGGACACACCUGGUUUAGGAUCGCUGUCCACAAGUGACCGUAAGAUAUUGGGCAGAAUAUCCAAAGAAGCCAGGUGUCUGCAGCACGUGGACGCAAUAUUGAUUGUGUUUAAAAUGGGCCGAAUUAAGAGCACGCAGCUGAAAGCAGUAGCUCAGUUCCGCAACAUUUUCGGAGACAAUUUCCUUCAGAAAAGUAUCAUUGUGCUUACAUUUGCUGAUGACAUAAAACAGAAAAACACCACCAUCAAUGAAUUUAUUGCCAAUUCGCCAGAAACAUUUCAGAGUAUUCAUAAAGAUUGCAGCGAACGAAUAUGGUGUGUAGAAAACAGUGACUGGGAAGACCGAGAAGAGAAACAAGGAGAGUUAAUGGAGCUUAUAAAAUCCGUUGAAACGGUGCCCUAUGAAGUCCCCGAUGCUGAAAGGAUAUUUAUUGAUACGGACAUGAAGAAGUGGGCGAAAUUACAGGGAAAGCUCUUUACCAUGUGA